GCAGGUAAAUAAACCGUGUCCUAUAUUAAGUGUGCCUUUCCUUCUGUCGAAGUGUAAUGUUGUCUUUUCCAAAUUAAUGGGUUAAGCCUAGUAGUGUAGAAACCUAAGGAGGGUGGAUAUUCGAACCGCAGAGUGUCUGAGAGUGGAGACACAAACGCACAUUCGCAAAAUAUGGUACUGAAGGCGGCCAUAAUCGUUUUAAUCCUUGCUGUAGCAGUGGUGUAUUUCACAAAGAACCGAAACAACACAGAUGAACAAAUCUCACUAAAUUCGUCCUAUGAUUACAUCAUACUGGGAGCAGGUUCGGCGGUAUGUGUUCUAACGAACAGACUGUCCGAGAACCCGGAAUCCUCAGUACUUAUCCUAGAAGCCGGUGGUUCCGAACUUGAAAAUGACAAUAUAAGUAUCCCAUUAGCCUUUGCUAAUAUACAGCUAUCAAAGCAAGACUGGAUGUUCAGAAGCGUACCUCAGAAGAAAGCGUGUUUGGCAAUGCGUGACAAGCGAUGUUCCUGGCCACAAGGAAGAGUCCUUGGAGGAACUAGGAACAUGAACUCCAUGCAAUAUAUCCGCGGCAGUCGUCAUGACUACGAUGGUUGGGCAAGAGAGGGGUGUACAGGAUGGAGCUAUAGAGACGUUCUCCCAUAUUUCAUUAAAUCAGAAGAUGUGCAGAUUCCAGAGCUUCAAAAGUCAGAAUAUCAUGGAAAAGGAGGUUAUUUGUCCGUCAGUGACGGUACUGCCACGCCCCUCAAUAAGAAAAUUUAUGCCCGAGCAAUGGAGGAACUCGGAUAUCCCAUCACAGAUUGUAACGGCAAAUCACAAAUAGGUUAUUGCUCGUCUCAGGAAACAGUAAAUAAUGGAGAGCGUUGUAGUACUGUUAAAGCCUUUCUAAGACCCGCCAUGGGACGCAGGAAUCUUCACGUCUCUAUGAAUUCCCAUGUUACAAAGAUUUUGAUCAAAGACAAGAAGGCAGUGGGUGACACGUUUGUGAAAGACAACAGGAAGCACGUGAUCAUGGCACACAAAGAGGUCAUUGUCUCCGCAGGAGCUGUCAGCUCACCCCAGAUCCUGAUGCUUUCUGGAAUAGGACCGAAGGAACAUCUAGAAUCAAAAGGGAUCCCAGUGGUUGCUGAUCUCCCUGUCGGGGAUAAUUUACAGGACCAUGUAAUGACAUUCCUAGAAUUCCAUGACAAUUCCUCAACUGUGGCAAGCCUAGCCAAGGUUUCGUCACCCAUAACCAUCUUACAAUAUUUAGCUAUGAAGUCAGGUAGUUUGGGCAAGACUCAUUUGGAGGGUACGGCGUUUCUCACGGACGACGAAAUACUUCCACCUUAUUCACAGUUUCACUUCUCCAGCAUUGCUUACGCUCCAGAAAUCACACAACUAUUUAUAGAUAACCUUAAUAUUGAUAAAAAGUUAAAACAAGGCAAAGAAAAGGAAUUUCAAGAGAAGAUAGACAAAAAUAUAGGAACAUUUAUCGUGCUACCCAUUCUUCUCCAUCCAAAGAGUAGAGGGACCAUACGCCUUCAGAGUGAUGAUCCUUUUGAUCCGCCACUAAUAGAUCCAAACUACCUUGAUCACCCAGACGACAUCAAGACGUUCUUGAGAGGAGUACGAAAAUGUCUUCGACUAGGUAACACUGAAGCUUUUCAAUCAAUUGGUGCCUCACCACAGGAUCCUUUAGAGGCAUACACUCCCCAGUGUGAUGAGUUUCCUAUAGAUUCAGACGAGUACUGGUUUUGCAGACUGAGGCAUUAUACCUACACGGUCUAUCAUCCGACCUCCACUUGUCGAAUGGGGGCCAAAGAUGAUCUUACGGCAGUGGUUGAUUCUGAACUCAGAGUUAGAAGAAUCCCAAAUCUUCGGGUUGUCGAUGCGUCCGUCAUGCGCAAUAUUCCUUCCGGAAACACGAACGCUCCAACCAUCAUGAUUGCAGAAAAAGCGGCAGAUAUGAUAAGAAACAUAGAUAGUGUGAAAUCUAUUCGAGAGAAAAUUGGACAGUUAUGAUAGAUGAUGAUACAUGUAAUGGCCAAUGGUUAUUGUAGUAAAUGAUGAUAUUGGACGUGAUAUUGCUGACAAGAAGUGCAAGCGAUAUUGUGAAGUCUAUUUAAGUAUACUGCUUCCUUUGUAAGAAAGGAAAUAACAGUGUACGACCAAAAUAUACAUUUACAGUUCACCAAUUUUAAAAUAGUUUUGAAACUUUGCAGAACGCUAAUGAUUGUUGACAGAGCAAAAGGUCUGAAAAGGAAUAUAUACAUUUCCUGAAAAACGUUUUCAGGUGUUUGUUUCCCGAAUGUUUUGUAUGGAGAUUAUAAGCGUUGUUCAUUCACAAUUUUCCUUUAUUGAUGAAGCUAUUGAUAUUGUGAAGACCAUUGGGGUCUGAUUUUUCCUAACAGGCAGAAGAUAAUUAGAGCAUAAAAUAUAUUUACAAGACUACGAGUUUAAGGAAGUUUGAAAUUCGCCAUAACACUGGUGACUAUUUAUAGUGCUUCCACCAGUAACGCAGAAUUUGGACUUGGGUUAAAAAUUGACACAGGAUUCAAUUUGUGAAAUUCUUACCCUCUGUCAGUUUUCAACAUCUUAAUAUUUUUUCUCAACACUUGUGACCUCAACGUAUUGAAAAUUGACUCUGUUGGAUAUUGACUCCGAAACUACAGAUAUGUUGUUGUAUAUGAUUUAUAUGUAUUUACUAUUUGCUGUCUGACGUGUUUCAUACCGAUUGUUAAGCCGUUCUUGGCACACUGAUUUGACUGCAGAUAACUCCGUUUACCUGAUCAGGAUAUGGGGCUUACGGCGGGUGUGACCGGUCAACAGGGGAUGCUUACUCCUCCUAGGCAUCUGAUGCCACCUCUGGUGUGACCAGGGGUCCGUGUUUGCCCAACUAUCUAUUUUGUAUUGCUUGUAGUAGUUAUGAGAUUGAUCACUGUUCGUUAUCUUCACCUUGCAUAUGUAUAAACUAUAUCAAAAUUCUAAAUAAAAAGAUGAAAACCGUACUGAAAUCAGCAAAUUCACGACAUUUUAAAUAUACAAGUUGUUGAUCAUUACACGAAAUACUUAUCUUUAUGUUUGCCACGGUUUUCUCACAUUUUCACCUGAGUGAGAUCGACUUUACCUACGUGAGACAGCCAUGUGAGAUUUUUCUAUCUCGCACUUCUGCGACGUCAUUUGAUUGGGGUGUCAUGUAUUUUCUAUGUUUUAUUAUACACGGCGAAUAUUUAUGUUACACAGUGAAGUAUAGUCAGUUUUUAAAUCGAGGCAAGCUACUGACAAACAAGUAACAGUCUCGUUUAAAAUCAGCAUUUCGCAAAUUCUAAGGUCAAUAUAAUGAUCUAGUUUGCUAAUACAACCUAUCAUUGGGUCAAAUGUUGUCUGACGUGUUUCAUACCGAUUGUUAGGCCGUUCUUGGCACACUGAUUUCAACUACGGAUUAUUCCUUUUACCUGAUCAAGAUAUAGGGCUCACGACGGAUGUGACCCGUCUACACGGGAUGCUUACUCCUCCUAGGCAGCUGAUCCCACCUCUGGUAUAUCCAGGGCACUUAUUUGACCAACUCUCUUUUUUGUAUUGCUUAUAUAUACAUCAAAAUUGGUACCGUAUAAGUUUUACAUUAUAGGAGGUAUGGGAGUGAUCACUGUUCGUAUCUUAACCUUUCAUUGUUUUGUUUUUUAAAUUUUAAUGUAGUGUAGCUUUCUGGUGGACAACCUUAAUAUUUUUAGUUUACACUUACAGUGUAAACCAUUUUCGGGUAUGUUACUUCUUUUUAGUUUUUGCAUCAAAGUUCAAAUGAGGAUUUUGAUAAUUUAAAAUUUUCUCAUCGCUCCUAAAUUUAUGAACACGAUUCGCUGUGAGUUAGAGUUAGACUGCUAAGUUUGUCUCCUCGGUAGAAUUUCCCCAUCCUACACUUGUAUUCAUGGAGGAUUAUAUUCGUCUAAUCGUCGGGAACCCCCGGUUGAUUCAGGGGGAGGGGGUGUUGAUUUGAGGUCACGGUCGGGAAACCAAGGCUACAGAUUCCACUUUGCUCCUUCUUGUGACAGAAACUGGAACAAAAGGUAAUCAACCGUGGAUGUCCGCCGGUGUGAACAUCCAUGUCAAAAGUUAUACGGGGUUCCUCUAUCGUGUACCCAACCGACGUCUAUUAACACCAACAGCGUAUUGUAUACCUAAGGCAGUUUUCUAUGGAUUCAUUUGAUCGAUUUCUAUAAAUUUAUUUUCUGUAUCGACUGUGCAGCUCAGCUGUAAUUUUCAUACAUAUGGAUCUAUUUUACUGUCAAUAAUUUAUUUUGCAAACACAUUUUUUCUGCAAAACAAAACAUUCAAGUUCAUUAGUUUGAAUUUACUCUGUGAUGGCUGAUAUUUGUUUUUUUUAUUUGUUUUCAUUCGUAAAAAUUCGAUUUGAAUUAUCAUAGAUGUUCAAUGCAUGCUGGGUAUCAAUUUUACUAUUAUCAAUGGAAAAGAAUUUUAUAUUACCCUUGAAUAUAAAACUCUUUAGUUUUAUGAUGUUUUGAUCAGUCAUCUCUUUCUUAAAAAUCGGAAAUAAUAAAUGUUUUCAUUCCAAUUAUAUAUCAAAUUCAUGUGCUGUCUAUGAAAUUGUCCUAUUCUCAAUGAAAACAAAUCAGGACUGUAAUACGUGGAACACAGGCAUGUGUUUGUAAAAGCUUAAUAUUCUAGGUUGAAAUAAAAUGUGUUUUAAAACAGAUUGUUUUAAAAUCUGGAACAUGAUAAGAAGAUAUUCAUUGUGAGUUCAUUGCUAGAACUGUAAGUAAAUCCAUGGGCUUAAUGGAUGAAAGGUGAAUGUAAUGAACAAUGAUCAAUCUCAUAACUCUUUAAAGCAAUACAAAAUAAAUAGUUGGGCAAACACGGACCCCUGGACACACCAUAAGUGGGAUCAGGUGCCCAGGAGGA